AUGGAUAUUGACGAUAACGAUGAUGAUUUCUAUGCGCCUGAGGAACCGGCUGCUCCGGCUGCUACAGAAGCUCCCCAAGACAAUGAGGACUUAGAGGAAGGCGAAGAGGAGGAUGAGGGUGGCGCUAUGGAUGAGGAUGACUCCUCUGACGAUAGCAUGGUCAUCAUUACGGAGAGGAAGGACGGCACAUCAGCUGCACCACCGUCACAAUCUCGGUACAGCAGCAUCAAAGACAUUCCGCAACGAUCAAUAUCAAAUAAUACCACCACCAAAGCAGCCCCCUCAAAACCCGAAGACCCAAAACAGGGUGCCGAACUCCCCGCCAUUAGAACUUCCACGGUCGACAUCAACGCGAUACCCACCCACAAGGGCACCGGCAAGCUCAUCACACAAAUCAACAUUGACGAAGAUCUCCCAGAGAACGACAAGCCUUGGCGGAAACCCGGCACUGAUUUGAGCGACUACUUCAACUACGGCUUCGACGAGUUCACGUGGACGCUGUACGCCAACAAGCAGGAGCAGCUGCGCGGCGAGUACAACUCCGAUGCGAUCGCCAACAACAGCAAGAAGAUGUUUGAGGAUAUGGCCUCCAUGAUGAUGAUGGGUGGUAUGCCCGGCAUGCCGUCUAUGCCGGGGAUGCCUGGCGGCGGUGCUGGUGGCGCAGGAGGAGGUGCCGCUGGAGCCAGUAUGCCCGGUAUGGAUGGCAUGCCCCCGGAAAUGCAGCAGAUGAUGCAACAGAUGAUGGCCGCCGGCGGGAUGGAUCCCAGCCAGAUGGACCCGUCAGCAAUGAGUGCCAUGUUUGCGGGCAUGCAGAAUGCCGGUGGUCCUGGCGGGCAGGGUCCAGGAGGGCAAGGUCAGAACUUUGGCGGUGGCUUCGGGGGCAACCAAGGUCAGGGAUUUGGGUAUGAUCAGGUGCCUCGACUUAGUUGUCUCAAGCCAAAGAGUCACGGCCUGGGGGGGGGGGGGGGGAUUGGUUUUUAG